AUGUUCGCAGGAGCGGUUAAUCUGAGCUGGAGAAUACCCAACACCACGACCUUCGAGGACCCUCCCCAAGAUGGCCCCUCGAGCGCCGGCAUCCUGGCCGCCCUCAGAAAGGCCCCUGAGGAGAGGACCACCCCUUCCAACCAGGCGAUGAUACGUACCUACGCCCAGGCACUCACCAGCGGAGCCCCCACUCCCGGGGCGCCCCUGGGUCCGCACACGGCACGGUACGAGACAGCCACGGAGGGACCCAGCCGCCGUGCCUUUCUCCGCGUGGACAGAUCCCACCCUACCUGGAAAGAUGUCACACCGUCAGGCAUCGUCAAUCUUCUGGUCGAAAGACCCGGUUUCCCCAGACGCGACAUCAUCAAAGUAUAUCUCGUUAACUCAGGCUUCGCUAUCGAAGUAUCUCGCCCUGAACUUCGCAACACCCUCGCCGCCAAAGGAAAAGAACACGGCCUCCGUAUCUAUUCCGAGGUGCCCACAUACGCCUACUUCAGGAUCUUCGACUCGGAUCCGUCGGUCCCCCUGAAGAGGAAGGUUCACAUCUAUACCUGUGACCGCUGCCUUGGCUUUUCUCACAAGGACAAAUGCCGCUCCGCUGCCUAUUGUAACGACUGCCUCAGCCCCGCGAAGCCGGGCCAUCAGGACUGCCCAGCUAGACCGAGGGUAUGGCAGGGCGAAGUCAUGAAACUCACGGAGACUCAGAGGAAGGCGGUCAAAGAAGAGGGCCAGGCAGCCUACAAGGCAGCCAGGCGAGCCAGCCCGACCCCCAACGCCCCUAACCCAGAGCCGACUCCGUCCCAAGGCAACCCCACCUCGGCCGAGGAGGACCUCCCAGACGCCCCACAAGGCCUCCUCACCCGCUCCGCAGAGCCGCUACGCGCUGACCGAGAUGAGGGGGACCGGGUUGAGUUGAGGACUGCAUUGUCGGUCGUACAGACACCGAAACCUUGCCCAGAUCAAAGCCAGCCAAUGCCCCGGGGCUGUAAGAUAAUCUCUGCCAACGUCCAAAGGUCCCUGGCCAACAUCGACGGUGUCCUUCAGAGGGCGGUGAGGCACUGUUACCAAGUUGUAUGUAUACAGGAACCACCCAUACUCUUCGGUAGAGUGAGGCGGCACCCCGGCUUCACCUUGUACGCGGUCGACAACGGGGCUAUCAGAGCGGCGAUCUAUGUGGGCCGCCGGCUCUCGGCUUCUGCCCCUACAGCACCAGAGCAUGGUCUGCUAUCUGUUUCCCUCCAAGGGAUUACAAUUGUCAACGUAUAUCUACACUCUAACCUCGGCAACGCCACCAACACCUGGCGAUCCCUCCGCCCCCUCCAGCCCGGCCCGGGCUCUUUUGUGGUGGUAGGGGACUUCAACACUCACCACCCCGACUGGGGACCCCAGGGCUCGGACAAACCCUAG